AUGCCGCCCGUCGUGACUGCCGCCGCGGCGUCGGCAUCACCAGGCGCUCCGCCUUCCGCGGUGGCGGUUCCGUUCCGCCAGCAUGUAACGGCGGACGGCUCGAGCGGAUUCCCGGCGGAAAGCGGAAGGUACCACCUGUACGUGAGCUACGCCUGCCCCUGGGCGUCGCGGUGCCUCAUGGCGCUCAAGCUUAAAGGACUCGACGACGCCAUCUCUGUUACUGUGCUGAACCCAACGUGGGUGAGAACGCGCGAGGGGGAGGAGCAUUUCGGAUGGGCGUUUCCGUCCGCGGAGGGGGACGCGGAGGAGCCGGGGGCGCAACCUGAUCCGAUUUUUGGUGCUCGUUUCGUCCGCGACAUAUACGAGAAAAUAGAUCCUUCAUACAAGACCUUUUCUGUGCCCAUUCUGUUUGACAAGAAAUCUGGCACGAUAGUGAACAACGAGAGUGCGGAGAUCAUGCGAAUGCUCAACUCCGAAUUCAAUGCCGUGGCCGCCAACCCCCACGUGGACCUCUAUCCUUCUGCCAUGCGGGGGGCUAUCGAUGGGGUGAACGAGUGGGUUGGGCCGGCGAUCAACAGCGGCGUGUUCAGAUGUGGAUUUGCCAAGGAGCAAGCAGCUUAUGAUGUGGCCAUAGCAACCUGGUUCUCAGCUCUGGAUCGCUGUGAGGACGCCUUAUCUUGCCAGCACUACAUGGCACGAGAUGCCUGCACAGAGGGAGACACACCUUUCACACCUCUCCCCACCUCUCCCCACCUCUCCCCACCUCUCCUUCUCUUCACUCCCCUUCUUACUCCACGCCAGGCCAUAGCUCUGGAUCGCCGCCGUGGCAACCCUCUUCUCAGCCUUGGAUCGCUGUGA